UGAAGAAAAGAACAGCCAUUUUGUUGUUUGCGGUGAACAUUUUUCGCCAUGAAGUAAUUAUAGAAAAAAUCCGAGUUAUUCGCCCAGUUAAAGGUCGCGAACGCUUCUGCAACUUCGAUUGUUGGUUGACCAUGCCAGAGCAUUAAUAAGUGAAACAAUUUUCCCAGAAAGACUGAAGUAUGAGCGGGACAAACCCAAAGGCCGCGGGGACUGGCUUCGGCAGCCAUAUUCCUAGCAUCGAGGAGAAGAACAAGCAGAUCCAGCAGGAGACGAUGAUGGAGAAGCUGCGGGCCAAGUACCGGAGCAAGCCGAAGAGCUACGAAGAGAUAAAGAAGUCAGUGCGAAUGUACUUCAUCGAGAAGCACUACCCGCUGGACCCGCUUUGCAAGGCCACGCUGCAGUCGGCGCUGGACAAGCUACAGCACUACAUCAAGGUCACCUCGCGCCACGGCCUUGUGGAGCGGCUGGAGAGCCUCUCGCGGCAGUUGGGCCUCAAGUUCAUGGAGGACCAGCAGCUGCUCUUCAUCUCCACGGACAUGUUCUAUGUGGAGAUCCUGCUGGACAGCGCCGGCAGCCUGUCGGACGUCAAGGUGCACCACGAGUGCAAGAUUGAGCAGCAGUCCAGCGAGUUGGUGGCCUGCCUGAAGAACGGCGACUUCGCCGACUUCACGGUCCAACUGGAGGGCUUGUCCUCCAUUUACCAGCUGAAUGCCGAGCCCAAAGUGAAGAAGAAAGCCUUCGUGGCGCUGCAGGCCAUGGAAACGGACAUCCAGAGCCUCUACCAGCUGCAUCUCCAGAGCCACUCCGGCGACAGCUACUCCCUGAUGACCAGCUCCGCCGUGGGUCUUGUGCUUCCCCGUCGCGGUGGCCAUCCCAUGAAGCUCACCUACUUCUGCCCGCCGCUCCACCUGCCCGAGUCUGAUCCCAAGCUGGCCAGCGGCGACUUCACCAUCGAUCAGGUCAUGCGCAGCAGCUACGGGCUCAGUGCCACCGUCAAUCUGGAGGGCUCCUCGGCGAACAAGCUGCAGACCCUGCCCACCGUUACCCUGGGCCGCGACGCCCAGACGGGCUUGGAGGUGCCCACCUACGCCCCCCUCAACCAGAACAACUCGCUGCUGAUGCCGGCCACGUAUGUGCUGCGGCUGAACAAGCCCAUGCCCGUGUGCCUGGAGUCUCUGAAGGCGCUCGGACUGCCUGGGCUUGAUGCCACUGCCACACCACCCAGUCCACCCACCACAGUGCUUAAUCUGAUUGUGGAGACGGCCUCCAAGCAUGCCAUUAAGAACACGCAGCGCGGCCUCUAUGUGAAUCUGCCCAAGGAGACGCACUGCUACUUCUUCACCGACAAUCGUAAGCUGCAGGGCACCCUGGUGUCCUCGCUGCCCUUCACUGAGCCCGCCCAGGUGCCGCGGAUUGUGGCGUUCCUCAAGAAGCAGGCUCUCUUCUACACCCUGCUUGCCAGCUGUGUUCGGGAGCAGCAGAAGCAGUAUAAUGACAUGGACAGCACUGUGAUACUCGAGGUAACCGCGGUCUCCUUCAACCAGAUCACAGUGGAACUGCAGCAUCCCUACGAAGAGUCACUGGCCACGGUGGACUUUUUACUGGAGGAUGGUCAGCCCACAUGCAGUGUCUAUUGUCUGAGCAAUGAAUACGAGCUGCUGUCCCAGAAGCUCACCCGCACCGUCCGCAAAGUAGUGUCCAUUCCGAUGGUCAUCUACAAGCUUCUGAAGUGUUGGGAUGAAGAGCACGAGUUCAAGCUUCACGGGGCAAUUGGUCCCGGAUCGGGCGCAUCUGGUUCCGGAGCAAUCGGAGGAGGAAUGGGCGGUGGAAUUGCACCAGGCGGAGGCAAUAGCUUCAAUCAGUUUGCAAUGGAUGCGGCGGCGCCGCCAGAUGGAAGCCUGCCUGGCGGUGGCUUUGCCAACAUCAAUAACCUCAAAAUGGAUGCAAAGUCACGAUCUUUGGCGGAUGCCUUCGCCGCCUCCACGUCGGCUGCGGCGGCCAUCGCGGGACUGAUCAAUCUCAAGCGUGAAACGGAUCCUCAGUCUAGCAGUUCAACCGGCAGUGGCGCAUCGGUCAGCGGCAGCUCUGGUUCUUCCGGCGCCGUCAAGUCGAGCGAUCACGACAUUGCCGACAAGUACAAGAAUAUCUGGAAGGACAAGACCCCGAAUCUGAAGCAUUGUGUCAGUAUCACGCCCAUCGCAGGGGAUGGCAAGUCUGCGGGGCCCACAGGCGGACUGUCUGGCGUUGAGGUUCAGCGCACGGGUGGCAUUGAGAUAAUUCCACUGAACGCCCAGGCUGCUGUCGCUGGAGGCAGUGCCGCAGCCUCGUCCAGUGCUGCACCUACGACAAUAACGAUCACCCCAAUAACCGGCAAGGACCCCGGUAAGGAUUCUUCCAAGAAGGGCAGCUCUUCUUCGGCUGGCGUUAGUGCAGCCGCCAAGCGUCCCCACGAGAGCAGCACCGGCAGCAGCUCCUCUUCGUCUAGUGGCGGUGGCGCCGGCAGUUCCAUGUCGUCCUCGAGCAGUGGCGGCUCCUCGGACACACAAAAAGAGAAGAAACGGAAAAAGAAGCGCGACGAUUCGCCCAUGGGCCCGCCAGAGAAGAUCUACUCUCGGCAAAACUCGCCGGCAGCUGGCGGAGAUGCUUCUGCGUCCGGCGGAGUGGUGCGAAAGUUCUCCUCGCCCUCGUCGUCGCCCAAGGCAGGUGGAGCUGGUCAGGGUCUGAUGGCCGGAGUGCCGACUGCGCGUCCCAGCCCGAAGCACUCGCCCGUUUACAGCAGUCCCAAACACAACACGGCCUCCAACAGCCCGAAGUCUCCGUUUGGCACGCACUCGCCCAAACACGGAUCCUCCGGAAAGCCGAGUAUGUCCACGCUGAAAAGUGCAGCCACAGCCGCCACUAUUCUGAGUCCCAAAGCCGAUAAGUCCUCGUCGGCUGUGAUGGCCACAUCGUCGGGAUCAUCCGCCUCCUCGGGAUCUGGUGGAACUCCGGGCCUGGUGCGGUCAUUCGCCAGCGUUGGAGCACCGCCGCCACCACCGCCGAUUCCACCGCUAGCAAGCGCCAGCGGAAGCGCCGGCAGCAGCCAGGGCCUAAAGAAGGAGAAAUCCUCGUCCGCAUCCAGUUCCAGUUCCACUUCAUCCUCGGCAGCUGCAGCGGCUGCAGCUGCCUCAUCUGCCGGAGGCAUUUCACCGGCCAGCGUGGCGGCUGCAGUUGCUGCCUUAAAGUCCUCCCAGCAGCAACAGAUGAAGUCGGUCGCCAGUCUCUCGCAUCUUGCGGCGGGGGGAGGAUUGGGCAACUAUGCGGCUGCGUCGGGAGCCGGCGGAUCGGCUGGGACGGCCGUGGUGGUGGGAGCAGGAGCAGGAGCUGGAGCGGGGGCUGCCGGACUGGAGCUGAGUGGCCUGCGCAAGGGCAUGGCGGGAGGUGCGGUUAGUUUGAUGACGUCGACGGCAGCUUUAGCGCCAACAAUCCUGGCAGCAACAACAACAGUGGCAGCGGGAGCGGGAGCAGCGGCAUCGGCGGCGUCAUUGGCGCCUCCAGUCUCGGCGGGAGUGGGUCAGGGUCAGGGAGCAGCGGCAGCAGUAGCAACAGCAGCACUGGCAACAGCAACAAUGCUGCAGCAGCAGCAACAGCCGGGAGCAGCGCCAACUAGUAGCUGCUUGGCCACCAGCGGGGGCGGCACCGACUCCGCCGGCGGCAGCACUCCGGCCGGAGCCUCCACAGAGUACAUGGUGAAGCCCAGCAGCCAGGAGGGCCUCAAGCUGACCAUCAACAAGACGGGCAGCAGCAAGAGCUCCAGCUCCGGCUCCGGCUCUAGUUCCUCCACCACUGGCCAAGCGAAGGCGAAGAGCAGCAGCGGUGGCGCGACGAGCUUCGCUGGAUCCUCCGGGUCCACGAAGAAGCAGCACACCGGACUUAAGCCAGGCGUUAACAGCGGACCCGCUUCCAAGAAGGCCACCGCAGCAGCCGCGAUCGCUGGAACGUCCUCGAGCAAGCAUCUCUUCCAGAAAGCCAACUCCUCGGGCAAUCUCAGCAGCAAGCUCAGCGGAUCGGGCGCUGGCGGGGGAGUUCCGCUGACCAAGAGCAACAGUACCAACUCCUUUCAGGAGCACAACGCCCCCAGGCGCCGUCCCAGCAUGGGAGCCUUGGCCAGCGGCAGCAGUGGUGGCGCCAGUGCUCAGCGGAAGUCCGGCUCCACUUCGGCGGGGGUCGGCGGAUCCUCGGGCGCCGUCUCGCCGGCACUCAGCGGCUCCAUGUCCCAGCCACCGCCGCGGUUCGAUCACCACACCGAUAUGAUGACCAUCCUGCAAUACGCCUCGCCAACGAUGGCAGCCAGCAUGGAGGGCUUUAUCAAGGGACUGCACAACAAGUUUCAGAUCCCGAAACUGUCACAGCGAGCAAGCGGUGGCAACACAACCAGCGGACGCAGUACGCCCAGUGGAAGCGGAGACCUGGCUGCAGCGGGAACAUCAUCUUCGAUAUCGGGAGUUUCUGCCACCUCGUCUGGAUUGGCGGAGCCCGAAGCCAAGCCGCCGGCACCUCCUCCCCCGCCUGGCAACGAUGGACUCCUCAACCUGAGCAGCACUGCGGGAAUGGCGUCGGGCGAUGGUAUCGAUGAGGAGCUUCUUGCUAGCCUGGCUGGCGAAUGACAGAAGGUAGACAACCUUGAGAUUUUCCUGUUGCUCUAUGCGACUUUAAUUUAAAGCUAACCUAGUGACUAAAUUAUGAAGCAUUAGCUGGAAGCCAUUAGUAACAUGAUUUUGGGUUUAAGGAAAGAUCGGGACUAAGACUAUUAGCUAAUUUCUUAAUUCCUUUGGCAGCUCCCAUUAUUAUAAACUCCUAAGGAUGAUUUUAAAAUACGACUGCGAAUUUGGUACCAAAUCUCAGAGAUUAUCGCCGAUUCUGUGAAGUCGAAGAGAAAAUAAACACCCUAAGCUUUGGUUAAAAAUUCAUUAGAUAAAACUUAAGGAAAGCGAUAUGAUAAUGCUCGGAUAACGUCGCUCUAAAUAUUAUGUAAAAUAUAAUAAAUGUAUACAGUUGAAAA